CUUGCAAGUUACGAGAUACCGCGCAGCAUGCUGGGAACGGAUACGCUGCGUUUUCGUCUGCGCAUGUGCAGUCAGCCCACCUUUCCAGCUAUCCCCUCUCGGUGUUUGACAGUUCGGAGGAUUUGCAGCUCAGGAAGGAGGGAGUCCCAGGAACAGGAGUUCCGCCAAAGAACUGCCCUCUGAUGGAAACCUCCUCACCAGGGCUUCUGAACAGAUGCAGAACCCAGAAAGGAGCAGAUCUUGAUUUGUCACACCAGCAGCAGGUCUUCAAACCCUUGCCUAGAGAGCACAAGACUUGGUGAUGUCGCCACAUCCAGAAGCCAUCACAGGUUAUCCUUUACGCUUCUCCACACUCUUCGAGGAGCAGCAGAAAAUGAACAUAUCUCAGGAAUCAGUGUCAUUCAAGGAUGUGACUAUAGAAUUCACCCAGGAGGAGUGGCAGCAAAUGGCCCCUGUUCAGAGGAAUCUGUACAGAGAUGUGAUGCUGGAGAACUACAGCCACCUCGUCUCAGUGGGGUACUGCCUUUUCAAACCAGAGGUGAUCUUCAAGUUGGAGCAAGGAGCAGAGCCUUGGUUCUCAGAGGAGGAAUUCUCAAACAAGAGUCACCCAAAAGAUUACAGAGGUGAUGACCUGAUCAAGCAGAACACGAACAUCAAAGACAAACACUUGCAGCAAGUAGUAUGUAUCAAUAAUAAAACACUGACUAGAGAGGAAGAGAAAGUUUUGGGGAAACCAUUUACUCUGCAUGUAGCUGCUGUUGCUUCAACAAAAAUGUCCUGCAAAUGUGACUCAUGGGGAGUGAAUUUGCAAAGUAUUUCUGAAUUUAUCAUUAAUAACAGAAACUAUUCAACCAAGAAAGUAGGUUGCUGUAAUGUAUGUGAGAAUUCACCUUUCAAAAUUAACUUUGAGAAAACUCAGACUGGGGAGGAAUUUUAUGAAUAUAAUAAAAAUACAAAAGCUCUCAGUUAUAAUGAAAAUCUUCCCAAGCAUUCAAAGUUUCAAACUUUGGAGCAAGCUUUUAAAUGUAAUAAAAUUGCAAAAGCCUUUAAUGAUAAGACUUGCUGUGUUAAACAUAAGAAUCCUCACACAGAAGAAAAAUCGUGUAAAGAUGAUGAAUUUAGGAAAAAAUGUGAUAAAACAACUCUCUUUGACCACAGGAGAACUGGCACAGGGGAGAAACAUCCUCAUCUUAAUCAAUACGGGAAAUCCUUUGAGAAAUCAACUGUGGAGGAAUGUAAUAAAUGUAACAUGGGUAUGAAACAUUAUGAAUUAAAUUCAAGUGGAAAUAAUUUCAACAGAAGGGCACACCUCACUGAACCUCAGACGACUGUCACAGAAGAGAAUCCAGUGGUAUGUAGUGACAGAACACAGACUUGGGUUCAAUCCUCUGAAUACCAUGAAAAUAAGAAAUCCUACCAGAUGUCAGUUCACAGAGUUCACCAGAAAAGUCACUUGAAGAUAAAACCCUAUAAAUGUAAUGAAUGUGGGAAAUCCUUCUGUCAGAAAGGACAUCUCAUUCAACAUCAGAGAACUCACACAGGAGAGAAACCAUUUGAAUGUAGUGAAUGUGGAAAAACUUUCUCCCAGAAGUCACACCUCAGUACUCAUCAGAGAAUUCACACAGCAGAAAAACCCUAUAAAUGUACUGAAUGUGGAAAAACAUUUGUCCAGAAGUCAACCCUCAGGGGACAUCAAAGAAUUCACACAGGAGAGAAACCCUAUAAAUGUAGUGAAUGUGGGAAAACUUUCGUUCAGAAGUCUACUCUCAGAGAUCAUCACAGAAUUCACACAGGGGAGAAAUCCUUUCAGUGUAAUGAAUGUGGAAAAACAUUUGGCCAGAAGUCAAACCUCAGAAUACAUCAGAGAACUCACACUGGGGAGAAAACUUACCAAUGUAACGAAUGUGAAAAAUCCUUCUGGCGAAAAGACCAUCUCAUUCAACAUCAGAAGACUCACACGGGAGAGAAGCCAUUCAAAUGUAACGAAUGUGGGAAAACUUUUGCCCGGACCUCAACCCUCAGAGUGCAUCAAAGAAUUCACACUGGGGAGAAACCAUUUAAAUGUAAUGAAUGUGGGAAAAAGUUUGUCCGGAAAGCAAUCCUUAGUGAUCAUCAGAGAAUUCACACAGGGGAGAAACCCUUUCAGUGUAGUAAAUGUGGAAAAACUUUUGGUCAGAAAUCAAACCUCAGGAUACAUCAAAGAACUCACAGUAGGGAGAAAUCUUAUGAAUGCACUGAAUAUGGAACAUUACAUAAGAAAUCAACCCUAAUUGCCUGAACCCAGGAGGCGGAGGUUGUGGUGAGCCGAGAUCGCACCAUUGCACUCCAGCCUGGGUAACAAGAGCAAAACUCCAUCUCAAAAAAAAAGAAGUCAACCCUAAGCAUAUACCAGAAAAUUCAGGGAGAGGGGAAUCCCUAUUGAUGUAAUAACUGGAAAAUCCUUUUGACAAAAACAUUACCCCUUUUGACAUCAGAGAUACACAAGAAACCAAUUGAGGGUAGUGAAGGUAAGAAGACAGUCCCAAAAGUAAACCCUCACAGUGAAUCAGAUAAUUCACUUAGGAGAAAAACCAUAUGAAGAUGAAUGCAGGAAGAAUUGUGUCCAAAAGGCAACCUUCAGAGGCUUUUUUGUUUCUUUUCAGAGUACUAUGGAUAGGCCUGAAUGAAAUCAUACCCUAUUAGAUAGUUCUCACACAUCACACAGGCUGGUAGUCUGUUCACCAGUACCAACUUCACUUUACUCCAGGCACAUAACUAGUCCAAAUUUCCUCAUCUCCUUUUCAUCCAAGUGAGUCCUUGUGACUAGCUACCAGGAUGGGGAUGUCCAUGAUGUAUAUCACAUCCCAGUCUGAAAAAUAAAGAGACUUCCCUAACUUAACUACCAGGGCCCUGUCACAGCAAAAUGGAUAUGAUUUCUAGGACAAACUUGGUGUUGUGCUUUACUGCAGCACAGUACAAGAUAAAGAAAUCAUUGUGCCUGAAUGAAUAUAUGCAGCAAAAUUCUCCUUUUCUGCAUCUUCCCCAGUUGAACAUUAUGUAAGUAAAAAUUAAGUUUGUACAUGAGUCCACCCUUAUCUGCAUUUUCACUUUAUGCAAUUUCUAUUACCCAUGGUCAACUGCACUUUAAAGUUAUUAAAAGGAUCCAGAAAUAAGCAAUUUCUACAUUUUAAAUUGCACACAAUUCUGAGUAGUGUGGUGAAGUCUCAUGCCCUCCUGCUCUCCCAUGAGGGUUGCUGAAUCAUCCCUGAGUCUAGGGUAUCCACAGUGUAUACACUAUCUGUCAGUGAGUCACUUACUUGGCAUUUUAAGUCACUUACUGGCAUAGUCAGGCUAUGACAGUGCUUGCAUUCAAGUAACCCUUAUUUUACUAAAUAAUGACCCAAAAUUGCAAAAGCAGUUCUACUGUCAUGUUGUUAUAAUUAUUCUACUUUAUUAGUUGUUAAUCUCUUGCUGUGCCUAAUUUAUACAUUAAACUAUCAUAGGCUUGUAUAUAUAGGAAAACAUAGUAUAUACAGGGUUCAUUCAGUACUACGCUGUGAGAAGCCCAAGCUGUGGAGAGGCCCCAGGCAGGUGCUCUGGUCAACAGCUCAAGCUAAACACCCAGCCAACACCAGAAUCUGCAGCCAGCCAUGUGAGUGAGCCUUUGCAGAUGUCUAGCCUCAUCAAGCCCUACAGAUGUCUCCAACACAGAUAGAGCCUACAGAUGUCUUCCCAUGAAACCACACAGCCAAGUCCAGGUGGAAAAUGUGAAAGAUGUUUCUACCAAGUCACUGAGUUUCUGGGUGGUUUGUUUUGCAGUAACCAAGAACCAGAAUGGUCUGUUCUGCACUCUCCAGUGGUCCCCCUAUGGUCAAACACUCCACUCAGCAAGCUUCAUCACCCAACACCUGGACCUAAUCACUCUGCAGGGUCUCUCACUACAGAAUCUUUUCUCAGGGUUGCAGAUGUGCUAGUCUCUGUUAAGAUGCUCACCUCUUUACCUUCCCUUAGUGAUUAGCUGCUCUGGUUGAUGUCAGCUUUCCCUUCCUCCCGGAUGUCCUCCCUCAUCACCUUCCUCUCCCUAACAGCUACAGCUCCUUGAGGUCAGGGCCUGUCUUCCACCGUGGUGAUAACCUGCAUAAUGGGUGCUGCAUAAAUUCUGUUUCAAAUCUAGGACCCAAUCUGCACAGUUAAGGGAUUUACCUUGGGAAUCUUCCAAAUCUUCUUGCUACAAUGGACUACUUUUAUUAUAAAAUCCAAAUAAUUUAACAGUUGCCACUUUUGUCAUUUUAUGUCAAAAAGAUGAAGUCUGACUGGGUGCGGUGGCUCACGCCUGUAAUCCCAGCACUUUGGGAGGCCGAGGCAGGCAGAUCGCCUGAGGUUGAGAGUUCAACACGAGCCUGCCCAGCAUGGUAAAACCCUGUCUCUACUAAAAAUACAAAAAUUAGCCAGGCAUAGUGGUGGGUGCCUGUAAUCCCAGCCGCUUGGGGAACUGAGACAGGAGAAUUGCUUGAACCUAGGAGGCAGAGGUUGCACUGAGCUGAGAUCACACCAUUGGGCAAUAGCUCACCCUGGGCAACAGAGAGACUAUAUCUAAAUAAGUAAGUAAAUAAAUAAGUUAGUUUUAGCAACCAUUAGGGAAGGGCACAUAAGAGUCUAGGAUGGCACAUGAUCCAAUUCCGAUGAACUUAAAUGGAGCCUGCUGGAGGCUUUGUGGGAUAAGACCCUACGGUCCACCUAGUUUUCUUCCUGGAGGAUUAUGGAGUCUAUUCACCAAACACUUGUAACUAUCCUUUAUAUUUUUCACUGGGAACAUGAGACUUUUGGAAAAAAACACAGGUGAUGAAACUAUAUGUUCUUUUAGUCAUACAUGUGGGAAGUUUUUCAGCUUUUUAAAAUGAUUCAAGUGUUUACAGGUAGGUUGGUGUAAAUGUGGCCACAGACUCUCACUUUGGGUCCUCUAUCUUCCACCUUCCAAGGCCAGCACACCAUUCCUGAAGCCCAGCCUCACACCCUGGAGUUUAUCCCUCAUCCCUUGAGCACCCAAAGACAAACAGCCUUGGCAAUGCACUAGUGCAUUGUCUCACCUCAACUGCAAAGUGGCCAUGGGGCCCUUACCAGCAGUGGGGGAAGAUGCUCCAGAAACUGGCCCUGAUACCUUAGUCCUGUAACCUGACUGGGCUGCAACCACCUUGGGUGAGAUAAACAUAAUCUCUAAGGCUCUUUUUCAGUAUUGAAAUUACAUGGAUGUCUGAUCACUUUAAAGAAAAAUGUAAAUUUUUUCUUUAUUAAAAUAAUUUCCUUUUGUCCUUAUA